AUGACCGUUGGGCAUCUCAAGCGUGUCGUUAAAAAUAUAAAUGAGAAUACUUUUAAAAAUAUCGACGACCGUGACCUCGUACUAUGGAAGGUAAAUAUUCCUACUAAAGGUGAAAAUCUGGUAACCAAAAUAUACGCCGAAAAUAUCGAAGAGCAAUACCAAGGUGUAAUGUUAUCUCCAUUCGAAACUGUUGGAGAGUAUUUUCACGAAUCCACUAGUAACAUCCGAGUUAUCGUACAACCACCUGUUACCACUGCAAAGAGAAAAGCGGAAGGGGACGAGGAAAGUGGGAACCAAAAGAAGGAUAAACGAACAUAUCCUGAUGAAUCAGAAGAGGGUCGGGACAGUCUUAUGGUUAUAUCACCUGAAAGGCUGAAGAAGAUCGCUGAUUUCGUGAAAAAUAAGCAUAUUUGCCUUUUACGCAGUCCUCCAUCAUCAGGCAAGAGUACUCUUGGACAGGUGCUCCGAGAUUAUUUCGAAAGUCUCAAUUAUGAUAGUGUAUACAUUAGUCUUGUUGGUAUAAAUGGUAAACAAGCAAUCUACGACGAGGGGCUCUUCGAAAAUUUCUGGGAGGAGAAAGUUGGUAGAACCUGGACAGAAAUCAGUAAACGCAAAAAGGCUACUUACGUGUUCAUCGAUGAGAUACAGAUUAUCUAUGGUGAUCGCGCUCCAUUCUUUUGGAGUAGAGUGAAGGAUCUUUUGUCAAGCGAAUCAAAUCUUCAAAAUAUUCGGUUAGUUUUGCUCGGCACAUAUCAUCCAACACUUGAUCCUCAAAUGACACCCGUAGAAAUUCAUCAUACUUUAGGUUUGAAUGACCUACUUCUAGGAUGGGAAGAGGUCCGUCGGCUUACAGAAAAUUAUGUUCAGUUACACGCAACUAAGGGUAGCGAUCUCUUCAAAGUCCCUGAAAUUAUUCAGAGGGCAAUCUUUGAUCUCACUGGCGGACAUCCUGGUUUAUGUCGAUUAAUUUUGUCAACAUUUCGCAAUCGUUUUCGUAAUUUUGACGAAGAUACAACAGUAAUGAAUAUGUUGCAGUACCUUGCUUCAUCAGAAUUACUAAAUAGUAUAACAGAUUGUUCUCGUGCUUUUUACUGGAUCCAUGAUUGGAAACCAAACGAAGAAGAAGCUGAAUUUAUUCGCAAUAUACUACUUUUCAGUCAAAUAAAGGUUCCCUUUUCUGUUAAUUAUAAUUCAGAUCCUAUUUCCAAGAGUUUUAUUAAGGCAGGUGUCUUUGCCAUGGUUGAUGAAAAAAUACAAUUUACAGCACCCAUCAUGCGAAUUAUCCUGAGCCACCGUCUGUUCACCUCCCCUAUAAGAUCAAGAUCUCCUGUAACAUCCUUUGAUGAUUUUUUGUUGCGAACCAUUGAACGCAUGAGCCCAUCUAAGUUGUUUAAAUCACUUGGAAAAAGCGCCGAACCCAAUUCACGUUUGUUUGAGAGGAGUUGGCAGAUGGUGUGGUAUCGUACAGCUACUAAUGUAGUCCCAGUGGAAGCAUCAAUAAGUGCUGAUGUUGGUCCUGUGUUUGGCUCAGCUGGUUUUUUAGAUUUUUAUGUCAACAAAAAUUUUUGCUGGGGUAUUGAGCUCACCCGCGAGGGUGAUCGUUUAAAGGAGCAUGCACAACGAUUUGAAGGUGGUGAUUAUGCAGACAUUCCAUUGAAAGAUUGGGCCAUCAUUGACUUCCGACAUCGCACAAAACAAGUAAGUGAAUUAAAGCGAAACUUCUGGUACGUGCUCUAUGAGGAUAACUAUGAAUAUGUUACUAUCAAACGUCGCGAUCAAGGUGACAAAGUCCUUGCCUUACAUGGUGAUGAAGUGUAG